AACCCCCUUUUAGUCCCCUUUUUUGACUUUGGGAAGGCGACUGAUUGAAGCCAAUUGUGUUCAUCCGACAUGCUCCCGAGCUAAAAUGCAGGACGCAGUUGUCAUCAUCAGACGAGACCCGCUCAGCCAAACAACUCCAACUCUUUUUUUUUUUUUGGGCCUUUGCACAAUUGGCCAAGCUUCAACAACCAUCCACCUGCCAUCCAACUCAUGACUGAUUCCACGCCCAGCUUCUUUAACAUCGCAUCACCUCAAAUCAAAAACAGGCAAAGCGAGGGAAAAAAAGGAGAGGGAGGGAAGAUAUAAAAAGGGUCCCAAAAGAGGGAGCCGAAAUGUCCAUCCUUGAUAACCCCGCCCUCAUCGCAGAGUGCAGCGAAACAGCGGUAUCAAUCCACUCCGACGUCAUCGGCCACCUCCGCGCCGGGUCUUCGCUUCGGUACUCUGCUUCUGAGUCGUCUUCGCACCCGGAAGCGCGAGUCGAGAGCGAUGCGGAGCGCGGGUUGGGGCCCGUUGGAGAGGAGAUCUUGAGGGUUGUGGAGGGGUUGGCUUUUGAGGUUUUGGGGCUGCGCGCGUCGGCGGAGCAGGAGAAAGAGGAGAAGGAGGAAGAGUCUGUGAUUGCUCGCCUCGACGCAGAGAUUGAGCGGACCUACCGCCGGUUUUAUGACUACGUCUACGCGGACCUGCCGUUUUGUUGGAGGUUAUUGUAUACGGAGCUGAGUCUGCUCAAGUUUUCGGCGGUGGCGUUUUUGUAUUAUGCCAAGAGGGCGGGGAGGGAGGACGAGGGCGAGGACGAGGGCGAGGACGAGGGGAAAGUGCUGGAUGAGCUCGUCGCCGUGCUGGAUAAGGCGCUCAUCCUCGCAGGCGGGGCGGGAUUGAAGCGUGGAAGGAGGACGAUUUCGAGGUUGCUUGGGUACUUGGACGACGCGCGGCUGAUACCACCGUCUUCGUUGGGUUCCCCUCUCCCGGCGAAGUUCCCUUCUUCGGGCACAUUUACGCCGCCUGUUGAGCGGCCUAUUCGCGUCGUGGAUCGUGUGUCCAUGUCGGCUUUUCAAGCGUACCUGGACGGCCGGCCUCGCCCGGAGAAGAAGGCAGACGAAAACGGGAACCUGGAUCUGGACUUGGGGCCGGAGCCGUUGGUCCUAACGUCGCUGAUGAACGAUUGGCCUGCGCUCUCCACGAGACCGUGGUCUUCGCCUGCGUAUUUGAUGUCCAGGACGCACGGCGGGCGGAGACUUGUGCCGGUGGAGGUUGGACGGAGUUAUGUUGACGAGGGGUGGACGCAGGAGUUGAUUCCGUUUCGGGAGUUGGUGGCGCGCGUCGUUGCGUCUGCUUCGCCAUCUACUACACCAACGACGACAAUAUCAACACACACAACGACAAGGACAGGACCAGAGCCAGGACCGGAAAAGGCAACGACAUACCUCGCCCAACACGAACUCUUUGCACAGCUCCCGCACCUGCUAAACGACAUACUCACGCCGGACCACUGCUUCACCUCGCCGCCGGCGCACCCUUUCGACAAGACUGCAAACAAGCCGGAGCUGGAUGUGCCGCUUGUGAAUGCGUGGUUUGGACCGCCGGGGACGAUUACGCCGUUGCAUACGGAUGGGUAUCAUAAUCUGCUGUGUCAGGUUGUCGGGGAGAAGUAUUUGCGGUUAUAUGCGCCGCGGGAUUCGGAGGCGUUGUGUCCUAGGGGGUUUGAUGAUGAUGAUGAUGAAGAUGCUGAGGGAGAUGGGGAAGAAGGAGAAGCAGAGGAUGAGAGGGGUGACAAGGGCGUCAAGAAGGUGGACAUGAGUAACACCAGCGCCUUUGACGUCGGCGCCGUGGAGGGCUGGGACCCGGACACGGAGGGUCGCGAUCCGAUGGAGCUCGAGGAGUUUCGCGGCCUGCGGUACUGGGAUUGCGUGCUGGGGCCCGGGGAGGUGUUGUAUAUUCCCAUCGGGUGGUGGCACUACGUCCGCAGUCUGAGUGUGAGUUUCAGCGUGAGCUUUUGGUGGAAUGGGGAUCAUUAUGUUGGUCCGGAGGACGAGGAGAGCAGAUGAUUGAAAUCACAUCUUGAGGGAGGGCUGAGUCUAGGUGAGGUGUUUACUUUUAUAGCUUGAGAAGAGAUACCCCCUGUGAGAGAGGUAUAACAAGCCUCCGAUUCCUAUUUUCAUUCCAUCAUGUCAUCUACGUCAACUGUUCUUCAUCAAGGAGGGAGAACUACAGUAUCAACUCGCAGCAGCAGCAGCAGCAGCAGC